AUGCUUAAGCAGGGGAACAAGGAACAAGGACCGCACCAACGCGAUGAGGCCCUAGCCGAGGCGAGAGAGGCCUAUAGGAGGUGUGCUGAGCUUGAGGGCCCAAGGGGAGAGAAUAUCAAGGUGCAAGCUCAAGUUGGCUUAGCGAGGUUGGACUUUGUAGUAGGUGACCCAGCAAGCAUCCGCUCUGCGCUAGCUCGGCUCGCAGAAAUAUUGCGAGACCACCCUUACAGCCAACACAUCGAGGAGGUGAUCUACUUCCUAGCGGUACCAGCCGCGUUCCCGCAAACGAAGCAAUCCACCGCAACUGCGACGGGGGCUCUCGAAUACCUCGACUACCUUCGAGAUAGCUAUGCCCCAUCAAGGGAGGGCGCGCCCACGGCGAUGAUGUAUCCUAGAUGGGACGCUCCUGAGCAAGAAGUACGCGAUAGCGAGCGGGACGGUAUCGUACCAGGGGAUGCUGAGCGCUGGCAAGGCAAAGGACUCCAGGUGCAUGGGUUGCCUGCAUGGGCCCUACAGUUCCAGAUUGGCUUGUUGGCCUCCCGAUUGGGGAAUUCUACUCGGGGAAUGGAGACUAUGGAGAACGCAUUCACAAGCUAUGAGGCAUGGCUGCCCAGGUCUCGAGGGCAGUUCAACGACGGUGCCCCCGAUGUCGACGCCAUCCGGAGAUCAUGGUACAACGGAUUGCCACAUUGGACUGCCUGGGUGCAACACCCAAGAACAUGGCUCGAUCUUGGAGACAUUGCCUACCGCCAGGGUGUGGGUUGUUUUCACGUGGCCGCCGAGGCGUACAGAGGAGCUCUGAAGAGGGCGGGGAACCUCUUUCCCCCGGAUCAACAGGAAUCUAUCGCUUACCGCAUCGCCAAGUGCUGCAGCCGCUGCGGCGACUUAGCUGGUGCAGUCAGCGGUAUCGAGGAGCUACUUUACACCCACAAUUUCUGGAGCGAGAGAUACAGAGCAUGCGCUAGGGCAGUGAUAGCUAGGUCAGCGAGGGACUUCCGAGAAGCCAUCGUGCUGGCACAUGCAUCCAAGCUCAUACGGAACUUCCAGGUCGUGUGCUGGAAGCACUGGAAGCAGCACCACGACAUGGUCAGGUUGGACAAAGCGGCAGCGCAGAUUCAGGCGUUGCUACGGGGCACCAAGGCUCGAGCCGUUGUCCGGUUCAUCCUGGCUGCACGCAAAUCGCGAGAUCUUCUGGAACAGUUGGUGGAGAACAUGCACGACAAGUGCAUCGCAAGACGCGUCCUACGGAGGUUGUCGAAGCAAGUCAUGGUCGGCAGACGCGAGAGAGCGGCAACAACGAUUCAGGCCAUGGCGCGCGGUGUCGUGGGGCGCGAGACUGCGUCUGACGAGAGAAAUCGCCAGGCCCGGAUUAACGAGCUUCUCCUGAACGCUUUGAGGAGGCUAGGCACACCCGUCUUUCGAGAGUGGUACAAAGCCGCUCACAGCCUUCGGAGGGCGCGAAUGUCGAUCAAGAUCCAGUCCCGCUGGAGAACGUUUCGAGCAAUGCGUGCAUUGACUUUGACCAAGACAAAGGUUUCGCGAGCUCACGAGAUGGGGAUUUUGGCAAUCGGUCGCAACCAGCUGGCGGACAAACGCCGCGUCGUGGAAACUUGGAAACACCUUGUCCUGGAGAGGAAGGUAGUCGCCGUGCAGGGCAUGGCGAGGAUAUGGCUAGCGAAACGGGUGAUGUCUAGAGGGCGUGUGCGGCAGAAGGAGCUGCGAAGACUGUUCAUGCGCGUGACGAAGCCUAUCCGCCGCCAAUGCUUCGUAGCCUUGGCGCGGAACAGGACCACUUGCCGCAAGAAUAAGAAGGCGUUGGUGUUGGUUAUUCAGUGUUGGUGGAGGUGCCGUCAUGCCAUCGGCACAACCCGUCGAGCUCGCGAGUACCGAAAAGCCAUCCACGGUGCCUACGACACGGUGGUCACGAAUCAUGAAAGGCGGUUGCUGACUCGCUGCUGCCGGGAGUGGAGGGAGAACAUCCCGAAACAGAAGGCGGCAACAAAGAUACAGGCGGCGUGGAGAGGCUGGGAGGGGCGGUUGAGGGCGGCUUGGUUUAAGGACAGAGAAGUUCGUUUUGAAGAAUUCGCGCAAGUCCUGCGGGCAGUAUCUCGACAGGCAGUCCGCAAGGUGGCGAUCAAGGAGUGGAGAACGUUGGCAUGGUUGAGCCGGAUGACGACGAAGCUUUCGGCGCGCUACCGAGGCAUUCGGGCAAGGACGGCAUUUGCGGCGAAGAUGUCCGCUCUUAGACGACAACAGGCGGAGGCUAACAGCAACCAAGUAUUUCACGCGGGAAACGACCGAGAUGUUUAUCCUGGGUGGCAUCCGGAACCUUGUUCAGCUGCACGCCACGUGUUGCAUCAGCCAGGCCGCCUGGAGGGGGGUUCUUGCUCGCGAACGGUGCCAGCGGCGCCCGAGCCUGUUCAGUCAAGGCCCAUCAACAGUGGAGAGAUGAUGUGGUCGCGAGGUUUCAACAAGAAGUGCUUCGACGACGAAAGUUGAGGUAUGGGGAUGUUAGGUCAUUAAUGUGGAGCUGAGUUUAGCGUCAGCAAUAUUUCGCGCUCUUUGGUGUUGGUUGGUUGGUGUGGCGCGGUAGUAAUCGCGUCGACAAACAAAAUCUUGUUGCGUAAAGGUCCGUAUUUUGAUGGAUCAUGUCGAAGCUUUUCGGACGAUACGGAGCCGACCAUGCACGAUAGCUGGUGAUGCAUAUUUAUGCUCUCAAAUCAAUCCGUAAGAUUGCCCCGGGUUGAUGGAUACUUUUCGGGCAACUUCAUAUGUAUGGGAGCUUUCGUUCGCCUCGGAAAGACCCAUACAUCCCCAUAGCUGACUGUAAUCGAACUGCUCCACGCUUGAACAUACUAACCUCUUCCACGCUGCAUCGUGUCUGGCCUACUGUAUUAGUAGGUGCUUUCGGGCGGUAGAGGCUUGUCUGGUCGAAGCGUAUGCCACGACAUUUAGGUCCUUCGCAUCUGACAAGAGAAAAAUUACAGGUAUGCUACCAUACCGUUCGGUCGAACAAACAUCGGGUACAAGUAUUGCUGUUGCAGGUGCCGUUUUCGUUCGGGUUGUGGGCACUGGGCCGCGCUGCUACCAGUCAGGCAUUCGCCCGGUACACUACGAUAGGUUUUGCCUCCCGCGAGCCCCCUCUGCUGUUACUCGAGCUCCGCGUUGUUUCGAGUUCUCCCUGCGAUAAAGACCAUUCUCUUGCCCUUGCCCUUGUUCUCUCUUCAUGCCCCUGCACCCCAGGUACUCUCUCUACGUUAAAGAACGAAGACCGUAGAUUCAACGAAGUAAAACACUUUUGCUAAUCGAGUGCUGUGUCCAAGUCAAAUUUCGCUUUUAUUCCCCCCACGUAAAACUCCCCUCAGCGGUGCACGCAGAGAGAAGAAUUCCCGGAAAGACUGCAACGACGCACGGGGGGGACGCGUGGGAGUGCAACGGAGAACAACAGCGGCAAGCCCAGGUCGCUCACGCCGUGGUAGCGGGAAGGACGUUAUUCGGCAACGGCGGCCCGUAGGGCGCGAUAUCGUUUGGGAGGCAGAAAACGGCGGCGAGUGCGAGGCGGGAAAGUGUCCUACAUCUAGCUGGAUGUGGUUGUCCAAUUGGGUGGCCGCUGGAGAGCGCUCGACCGACUUCGUGUCUUCGGCGUUUUUCCGAGCGUUUGAUGAGGUUCGUAGGAGGAAUUUUUUGCGGUGGCUACCAGGUCAGCUUUCGUGUCAGGAGCUGUCCUUCUUGUGCCGCUAUGCCAGGGUCAUUGUUCUCGACCCCGCGCCGGCAGUGGAGGUGUGGAAAUUGGUGGUGGUGCUACGAAACACACUCUAUCAAGAUCCCACUUUUGAUGGGCCAGAGACCGGCAUCACCACAAACGCCCCACCGACCGAGGGGUGCGGCCUGCCAGGUAGAACGACCCGCAAAGCCUGUCUGUAUGGUAGAGCUAACCAGCUCUUCGUCUCGAAAAAAAACGCAGAGACCCGCGGUAGCAGAGGUUUUCGAAACGCCCCUGCGGUAUUCGUACGAGCACAUUCCACCGCUUCCGGAACGCGGCCACGUCGUUUUCAGUACGUGACAGCAUUAUUUGCAUCUCAAUGUCGGUAGUGUUCGCGACAGGUUCUGGCACAGGCAGACCGGCGGUUGUCCUCUGCAAUGGCGAGUACUCCGGAGACGUUGGACAAACGGGAGGCGGAGCUGUGGCGGCCUUAAUAGAUGGUGGGGUGGACACGAUGGUCUGCUCGCUCUGCUCAAGCUUGUCGGCGACAGCGUGCUCCCUCGGCAACGGAGGAGCCAUGGCAAUCGCGAAAGCGUGCUGCGGCGGGAACCUGGAAAAGCUCUGUCUCGAAAAUUGCGGCAUCGGCAACCCCGGCGCAACCGCCCUGGCUCUCGCACUAGGAGAAGGAGCUACCGCUAAGGACAAGCAACUGCGCAAGCUUGUGCUCUCUGGCAACCGCAUUGGGGGGGUGGUGGCGUGUGCAAGAGCCCUGCGAAAUGUCCUUAUCCGCAGGCCAUUGGAGGUGCUCGAGCUCUCUCGCUGUAGCGUCACUGAUGGUGAUCUGUCGGUCAUAUCCAAGGGUCUCGUGGAUGCACGGUGCCGUCUCCGAGUCCUUCAGUUGUCCGGGAAUAUCGAUCUUCGGGACCGAGGGGUAAACGAUCUUGCGGAAGCUCUCAGGUCGAGAAGCGAGAUGUAUCACGGGGCGUGUCAAUCGUCUUUGCAGGUGGAUCUACACGGAUGCUCGGUCAACACAUGGGGCUGCCGGGCUCUC